GCUACCGCAGGCAGGGGGCGGCAACAUGGCGGAGUGAGCGGCGGCGGGCUCGGCUCCACAACAACAGCGGCGAGCGCUCGCCCCGCCGCUUCGCCUCCGCGCCGAGCCGAGCCGUGCCCGGCAGAGCCGAGCCGAGGAGCUCGGCGGCGCCCGCUCCUCCCGCCCCGCGGCGGGGAGGCGGCCCCGGCUGGGCAGCCUUCGGCUAACGGGGCAUCGGCGCCCAUAAUAAUCCCUCAUUAUAGCGGAGCGGGGGAGCGGCUCCGGGGACGGUGCCUGCGCCUCGGGCCGGCUCCCUGCGGCCCCGCCGGCUGCGGCUGCGGUGGAUGCUCGGCUCGGCCCGGCCGGGCGGGGAGGAGGAGGCGGCGGCGGCAGGUGCCGGUAACGGCGGGGGGUAAAUGGCGAGCGAGAAGCCGGUGUCGGGGCCGGAGCCGCAGCCCGCGGGGCUCAUCUCCGUCGGGGCCGGCGGCGGUGGAGGAGGAGGAGGAGGAGGAGGAGGCGGCGUGGCGGUGAUGGGGGAGCUGAGGGCGCCGGGCGCCGGGUCUGUGGUGCUCCCCGCGGGGAUGAUUAACCCGUCGGUGCCGAUCCGCAACAUCCGGAUGAAAUUCGCCGUCCUCAUCGGGCUUAUCCAGGUCGGCGAGGUCAGCAACCGGGACAUCGUGGAGACGGUGCUGAACCUGCUGGUUGGUGGUGAAUUUGAUCUGGAGAUGAACUUUAUAAUCCAAGAUGCAGAGAGCAUUACAUGCAUGUCAGAGCUUUUGGAGCACUGUGAUGUAACAUGCCAAGCUGAAAUCUGGAGUAUGUUCACAGCAAUUCUACGUAAAAGUGUCCGUAAUUUACAGACUAGCACGGAAGUUGGCUUAAUUGAACAGGUACUGCUGAAGAUGAGUACUGUGGACGACAUGAUUGCAGAUCUUCUAGUUGAUAUGUUGGGGGUUCUUGCCAGCUACAGCAUCACUGUCAAAGAGUUGAAGCUUUUGUUCAGCAUGCUUCGAGGCGAAAAUGGAAUCUGGCCAAGACAUGCGGUUAAGCUAUUAUCAGUCCUUAAUCAGAUGCCACAGAGACAUGGGCCUGAUACCUUUUUCAACUUCCCAGGCUGUAGUGCUGCAGCAAUUGCAUUGCCUCCUAUUGCUAAGUGGCCUUAUCAAAAUGGGUUUACUCUUAACACCUGGUUUCGUAUGGACCCACUAAACAAUAUCAACGUGGAUAAGGAUAAACCCUAUCUCUACUGUUUCCGCACUAGUAAAGGUGUUGGGUAUUCUGCUCAUUUUGUUGGCAACUGUUUAAUAGUUACAUCGCUGAAGUCAAAAGGCAAAGGUUUCCAGCACUGUGUGAAGUAUGAUUUUCAGCCACGCAAGUGGUAUAUGAUAAGCAUUGUACACAUCUAUAAUCGCUGGAGAAACAGUGAAAUACGAUGUUACGUGAAUGGUCAGCUGGUAUCCUAUGGUGACAUGGCCUGGCAUGUUAACACAAAUGAUAGCUAUGACAAAUGUUUUCUUGGCUCUUCGGAGACUGCUGAUGCUAAUCGAGUGUUCUGUGGCCAGCUUGGAGCAGUAUAUGUAUUCACGGAAGCACUCAACCCAGCACAGAUUUUUGCAAUACAUCAGUUAGGACCUGGUUAUAAGAGCACAUUCAAAUUUAAAUCUGAGAGUGACAUUCAUCUGGCUGAGCACCAUAAACAAGUGCUCUAUGAUGGGAAACUUGCAAGUAGCAUUGCAUUUACUUAUAACGCAAAGGCUACUGAUGCCCAGCUAUGCCUUGAAUCCUCACCAAAGGAGAAUCCUUCAAUUUUUGUACAUUCCCCACAUGCUCUUAUGCUUCAGGAUGUGAAAGCUAUCGUAACCCACUCCAUUCAUAGUGCAAUUCAUUCCAUUGGAGGAAUUCAAGUUCUUUUUCCUCUCUUUGCCCAACUAGACAAUCGACAGCUGCAUGACAGUCAGGUGGAAACAACAGUUUGCGCUACCCUAUUGGCUUUCUUGGUUGAGCUUCUUAAGAGUUCAGUAGCCAUGCAAGAACAAAUGCUUGGUGGAAAAGGAUUUCUAGUCAUUGGCUACCUCCUCGAAAAGUCAUCUAGAGUUCACAUAACCAGAGCAGUUCUGGAACAAUUUUUAUCAUUUGCAAAAUAUUUGGAUGGAUUGUCUCAUGGAGCACCUCUGCUGAAGCAAUUAUGUGAUCACAUCCUUUUUAAUCCUGCUAUCUGGAUACAUACCCCUGCAAAGGUACAGCUGUCUUUGUAUACCUACUUGUCAGCUGAAUUCAUUGGAACUGCUACAAUCUAUAACACUAUACGCAGAGUAGGAACAGUAUUGCAGUUAAUGCACACACUGAAAUACUACUACUGGGUGGUUAAUCCUGCUGAUAGCAGUGGCAUUACUCCUAAAGGGUUAGAUGGUCCUCGGCCCUCACAGAAAGAGAUCAUAUCACUAAGGGCAUUUAUGCUUCUGUUUUUGAAACAACUUAUACUUAAGGAUCGAGGUGUGAAAGAAGAUGAACUGCAGAGCAUAUUAAAUUACUUAUUAACAAUGCAUGAGGAUGAAAAUAUUCAUGAUGUGCUGCAGCUGCUAGUGGCACUAAUGUCCGAACAUCCAGCAUCCAUGAUACCUGCUUUUGAUCAGAGAAAUGGGAUACGAGUAAUUUAUAAAUUAUUGGCUUCCAAAAGUGAGAGUAUAUGGGUGCAAGCUUUGAAGGUUCUCGGAUAUUUUCUCAAACACUUGGGUCAUAAGCGAAAGGUUGAAAUCAUGCAUACUCACAGUCUUUUCACUCUUCUUGGAGAAAGGUUGAUGCUGCAUACAAAUACAGUGACAGUUACAACAUAUAACACGCUUUAUGAGAUUUUGACAGAACAAGUGUGCACUCAAGUUGUUCAUAAACCACAUCCAGAGCCAGAUUCUACAGUGAAAAUACAAAAUCCAAUGAUUCUUAAGGUGGUGGCAACGCUGUUAAAAAACUCCACACCAAGUGCAGAGCUGAUGGAAGUUCGACGUUUGUUCUUGUCUGAUAUGAUAAAACUCUUUAGUAAUAGCCGUGAAAACAGAAGAUGUUUACUUCAGUGUUCAGUAUGGCAGGACUGGAUGUUUUCUCUGGGAUACAUUAACCCUAAGAACUCUGAAGAGCAGAAGAUCACAGAGAUGGUUUACAACAUUUUCCGUAUUCUCUUGUAUCAUGCAAUAAAAUAUGAAUGGGGAGGCUGGAGAGUGUGGGUCGAUACUCUUUCUAUAGCUCAUUCCAAGGUCACAUAUGAGGCUCACAAGGAGUACCUAGCUAAAAUGUAUGAAGAGUAUCAAAGGCAAGAGGAAGAAAACAUAAAAAAGGGGAAAAAGGGUAAUGUGAGCACUAUCUCAGGUCUUUCAUCUCAGACAACAGGAGCAAAAGGUGGAAUGGAAAUCCGAGAGAUAGAAGACCUUUCACAAAGCCAAAGUCCGGAAAGUGAAACGGAUUAUCCUGUCAGUACAGAUACAAGGGACUUGCUCAUGGCUACAAAGGUGUCUGAUGAUGUGCUUGGAAGUGCUGAGAGACCAGGAGGAGGAGUACAUGUGGAAGUUCAUGACCUUUUAGUUGAUAUAAAAGCUGAAAAGGUAGAAGCUACAGAAGUAAAGCUUGAUGAUAUGGAUUUAUCACCGGAGACACUGGUAACUGGAGAAAAUGGUGCACUUGUAGAAGUUGAAUCUCUUCUAGAUAAUGUAUACAGUGCUGCUGUUGAGAAGCUCCAAAACAAUGUUCAUGGAAGUGUAGGUAUUAUUAAGAAGAAUGAGGAAAAAGAUAAUGGUCCAUUAAUAACUCUGGCUGAUGAGAAAGAUGAACCUUCUACUAACAGUACCUCAUUUCUCUUUGAUAAAAUACCCAGCCAAGAGGAGAAACUUCUACCUGAACUUUCAAGUAACCAUAUUUCUAUUCCAAAUGUGCAAGACACUCAGAUGCAUCUUGGCGUAAAUGAUGAUUUGGGAUUGCUUGCACAUAUGGCAGGUAGUGUAGAUAUAACAUGUGCUUCAAGUAUAAUAGAGGACAAGGAGUUUAAGAUUCAUACAACUUCAGAUGGAAUGAGUAGCAUUUCUGAGAGGGAGUUGGCUUCAUCAUCUAAAGGAUUAGAAUAUGCUGAAAUGACUGCCACAACUCUUGAGACAGAGUCUUCUGGUAGCAAAACUGUACCUAAUGUUGAUGCAGGAAGUAUAAUAUCAGAUACGGAAAGAUCUGAUGAUGGUAAGGAAGCAGGAAAGGAGAUACGGAAGAUCCAGACAACUACCACAACCCAGGCAGUACAGGGUCGAUCUGUCACCCAGCAAGAUCGGGAUUUACGUGUUGACUUGGGAUUUCGAGGAAUGCCAAUGACAGAAGAGCAGCGACGACAGUUUAGUCCAGGUCCACGCACAACUAUGUUUCGUAUUCCAGAGUUUAAAUGGUCUCCCAUGCACCAGCGGCUCCUGACAGACUUGCUUUUUGCACUAGAAACAGAUGUACAUGUUUGGAGAAGUCACUCCACAAAGUCUGUGAUGGACUUUGUCAAUAGCAAUGAAAAUAUUAUUUUUGUACACAACACAAUACACCUCAUUUCCCAGAUGGUAGACAAUAUUAUUAUUGCUUGUGGAGGAAUUUUACCAUUGCUGUCAGCAGCCACAUCCCCAACUGGUUCUAAGGUUAGUAUUGCUGCUACUGAAUUGGAAAAUAUUGAAGUGACACAAGGAAUGUCAGCAGAGACAGCAGUAACUUUUCUCAGCCGUCUGAUGGCAAUGGUUGAUGUACUAGUAUUUGCCAGUUCUCUAAAUUUUAGUGAGAUUGAAGCUGAAAAAAACAUGUCUUCUGGAGGUCUAAUGCGACAGUGCCUGAGGCUUGUUUGUUGUGUGGCUGUGAGAAACUGUUUAGAGUGUCGGCAAAGGCAGAGAGAGAGAGUGAACAAGACUUCGUUAAUCAGCAGUAAAGCUCAGGAUGCUCUCCAGGGUGUAACUGCAGCAGCAGCAACCAAGACUCCCCUUGAAAAUGUCCCUGGCAAUCUUUCUCCUAUAAAAGACCCUGAUCGGCUUCUUCAGGAUGUUGAUAUUAAUCGUCUACGAGCAGUUGUUUUUCGUGAUGUGGACGACAGCAAACAGGCUCAGUUCUUAGCUUUGGCAGUAGUCUACUUUAUUUCAGUUCUGAUGGUCUCCAAAUACCGUGAUAUUCUAGAACCACAACGAGAAACUGCAAGAUCUGGGAGCCAGGCAGGUAGAAAUAUCAGACAAGAAAUAAAUUCACCAACAAGUACAGUUGUGGUCAUACCAUCUAUCCCUCACCCAAGUUUGAACCAUGGAUUCCUUGCCAAGUUAAUUCCUGAGCAGAGCUUUGCCCACUCAUUUUACAAAGAGACUCCAACUGCGUUUCCAGAAAAUAUCAAAGAUAAAGAAACACCAACACCAGUUGAAGAUAUUCAGCUGGAAAGCUCUAUUCCUCAUACGGAUUCAGGAAUUGGAGAAGAACAGAUGCCCAGUAUUUUGAAUGGGACAGACCUGGAGACCAGCACAGGCCCUGAUGCUAUGAGCGAGCUGUUGUCUACUUUGUCUUCGGAAGUGAAGAAAUCUCAGGAGAGCUUAACUGAAAGCCCAAGUGAAAUCUUGAAACCCUCAUCAUCAAUAUCCAGUAUCAGCCAAAGUAAAGGCAUCAAUGUCAAGGAAAUACUGAAAAGUCUCGUGGCAGCCCCUGUUGAAAUAGCAGAAUGUGGUCCAGAUCCAAUCCCUUACCCUGAUCCUGCUCUGAAGAGAGAAGCUCAGGCUAUUCUCCCCAUGCAGUUUCACUCAUUUGACAGGAGCGUGGUCGUACCAGUGAAGAAGCCCCCACCAGGUAGUCUGGCCGUGACCACAGUUGGAACUGCCACAGCGGGGAGUGGGCUGCCACCGGGUAGUACACCUAAUAUAUUUGCUGCAACAGGAGCUACACCAAAAAGUAUGAUUAAUACAACAGGUGCAGUAGACUCAGGAUCUUCUUCUUCCUCUUCGUCAUCCAGCUUUGUGAAUGGUGCUACCAGCAAAAAUCUCCCAGCUGUCCAAACUGUUGCUCCAAUGCCAGAGGAUUCAGCUGAAAAUAUGAGUAUCACGGCAAAGCUUGAAAGAGCCUUAGAAAAGGUGGCCCCUCUUCUGAGAGAAAUUUUUGUUGAUUUUGCCCCUUUCCUAUCUCGCACCUUGUUGGGCAGUCAUGGACAAGAGCUGUUGAUUGAAGGUCUGGUUUGUAUGAAGUCGAGUACUUCAGUGGUUGAACUUGUUAUGCUACUUUGUUCGCAGGAAUGGCAAAAUUCUAUUCAGAAGAAUGCAGGACUUGCAUUUAUUGAGCUCAUCAAUGAAGGAAGGUUAUUAUGUCAUGCAAUGAAAGAUCAUAUAGUGCGUGUUGCAAAUGAAGCAGAAUUUAUUUUGAACCGACAAAGAGCUGAAGAUGUCCACAAGCAUGCUGAGUUUGAGUCACAGUGCGCUCAAUAUGCUGCUGACAGAAGAGAGGAGGAGAAGAUGUGUGAUCAUCUUAUCAGUGCUGCUAAGCAUCGAGACCACGUUACAGCCAAUCAGCUAAAACAGAAGAUACUCAACAUACUAACAAAUAAGCAUGGUGCCUGGGGAGCCGUUUCUCACAGCCAACUGCAUGACUUCUGGCGUUUGGAUUACUGGGAAGACGAUUUGCGCCGGCGGAGGCGAUUUGUUCGCAAUGCUUUUGGGUCUACUCAUUCUGAUGCUCUUCUGAAAGCUGCAGUGGAAUAUGGCACUGAAGAAGAUGUAGUGAAGUCCAAGAAAACUUUCCGAAGUCAAGCUGUGGUAAAUCAGAAUGCGGAAACGGAGCUUAUGCUGGAAGGAGACGAUGAUGCUGUCAGUCUGCUCCAAGAGAAAGAGAUUGACAACCUUGCAGGCCCCGUGGUGCUCAGCACGCCGGCACAGCUCGUCGCCCCCGUGGUGGUGGCCAAGGGCACGCUCUCCAUCACCACCACGGAGAUCUACUUCGAGGUGGACGAGGACGACCCGGCCUUCAAGAAGAUCGACCCCAAGGUCCUUGCUUAUACAGAAGGCCUUCAUGGAAAAUGGAUGUUCAGCGAGAUUCGGGCUGUUUUUUCAAGACGUUAUCUUCUCCAGAACACAGCUUUGGAAGUGUUUAUGGCAAACAGAACUUCUGUUAUGUUUAAUUUUCCUGACCAAGCAACAGUGAAAAAAGUUGUGUACAGCUUACCACGUGUUGGAGUAGGAACCAGCUAUGGUUUGCCACAAGCCAGGAGAAUCUCUCUGGCCACUCCCCGACAGCUUUAUAAAUCAUCCAACAUGACUCAGCGCUGGCAGAGACGAGAAAUAUCUAACUUUGAAUAUUUGAUGUUCCUCAAUACUAUAGCAGGACGAACGUACAAUGAUUUGAACCAAUACCCUGUAUUUCCAUGGGUGUUAACAAACUAUGAAUCUGAAGAGUUAGACCUGACCCUUCCAGGCAACUUCAGGGAUCUUUCAAAGCCUAUUGGUGCUUUGAACCCAAAGAGAGCGGUCUUCUAUGCAGAACGUUAUGAGACAUGGGAAGAUGAUCAGACUCCGCCUUACCAUUACAACACCCACUAUUCUACAUCUACUUCUACAUUGGCUUGGCUUGUUCGAAUUGAGCCCUUUACAACAUUCUUUCUAAAUGCAAAUGAUGGCAAAUUUGACCACCCAGAUCGAACCUUCUCUUCAGUAGCCAGGUCUUGGAGAAACAGCCAAAGAGAUACCUCAGAUGUGAAGGAGUUAAUUCCAGAGUUUUACUACUUACCAGAGAUGUUCGUCAACAGCAAUGGCUAUAAUCUAGGAAUCAGAGAAGAUGAAGUUGUUGUAAAUGAUGUUGAGCUUCCCCCUUGGGCCAAGAAGCCUGAAGACUUUGUACGCAUCAACAGGAUGGCUCUGGAAAGUGAGUUUGUGUCAUGUCAACUUCAUCAGUGGAUUGACCUUAUAUUUGGCUACAAGCAACGAGGACCAGAAGCAGUGCGUGCGCUCAAUGUUUUCCACUACCUAACAUAUGAAGGCUCUGUGAACCUGGACAGUAUCACUGAUCCUGUCCUCAGGGAGGCCAUGGAGGCGCAGAUCCAGAACUUUGGACAGACGCCAUCGCAGUUGCUCAUUGAGCCCCAUCCACCUCGGAGCUCCGCCAUGCACCUGUGUUUCCUUCCACAGAGCCCCCUCAUGUUUAAAGAUCAGAUGCAGCAGGAUGUCAUAAUGGUGCUGAAGUUUCCAUCAAAUUCCCCCGUCACACACGUGGCAGCCAACACGCUGCCCCACCUGACCAUUCCUGCCGUGGUGACUGUCACCUGCAGCAGGCUGUUUGCAGUCAACCGGUGGCACAACACAGUAGGCCUUCGGGGAGCCCCAGGAUACUCUUUGGAUCAAGCCCACCAUCUUCCAAUUGAAAUGGAUCCAUUGAUCGCCAAUAACUCUGGUGUGAACAAACGGCAGAUCACAGACCUGGUGGAUCAGAGCAUCCAGAUCAAUGCACAUUGCUUCGUGGUCACAGCAGAUAAUCGCUACAUUCUUAUCUGUGGUUUCUGGGACAAGAGUUUUCGAGUUUAUUCUACAGAAACAGGAAAAUUAACUCAGAUUGUCUUCGGCCACUGGGAUGUCGUUACUUGCCUUGCCAGAUCAGAGUCCUAUAUUGGUGGUGAUUGCUACAUCGUGUCUGGGUCUCGUGAUGCUACCUUGCUGCUUUGGUACUGGAGUGGCCGACAUCAUAUUAUAGGUGACAAUCCAAAUAGCAGUGAUUAUCCAGCUCCUCGGGCUGUUUUGACUGGUCAUGACCAUGAAGUUGUCUGUGUGUCAGUCUGUGCAGAGCUGGGACUUGUCAUCAGUGGUGCUAAAGAAGGUCCUUGUCUGGUACACACAAUUACCGGAGAUUUGCUGAGAGCCCUGGAAGGAACAGAAAACUGCUUGUAUCCUCGCUUAAUUUCAGUAUCCAGUGAAGGUCACUGCAUCAUCUACUAUGAACGAGGACGGUUCAGCAAUUUCAGCAUUAAUGGCAAACUCUUAGCUCAGAUGGAGAUCAAUGAUUCAACCAGGGCCAUUCUCCUGAGCAGUGAUGGGCAGAACCUGGUGACAGGGGGAGACAAUGGUGUGGUAGAAGUAUGGCAGGCCUGUGACUUCAAGCAGCUCUAUAUCUACCCUGGCUGUGAUGCUGGGAUAAGAGCGAUGGAUCUGUCUCAUGAUCAGAGAACUCUGAUUACUGGCAUGGCUUCUGGCAGCAUCGUAGCUUUUAAUAUAGAUUUUAACCGGUGGCAUUAUGAACAUCAGAACAGAUACUGAAGCAGAAUGAAGAACUGAAAGCCCAGGUAAAGCUGAGAGCACAAGUGCUGCAGUGAAAGGUGUAGUCUCUGGUGGAAAACCACGUCUGCAUUGACCUCCGUUGUACAUUCCAUUACACCCAGCAAUAGCUGUACAUUGUAGUCAGCAACCAUUUUACUUUGUGUGUUUUUUCACAACUGAACACCAGCUGCUGAAAAGCAAGCUUGUAUCAUGUAAAUUAUAUGAAUUAGGAGAUGUUUUGGUAAUUAUUUCAUAUAUCUUUGUUUAUUGAGAAAAGGUAGUAGGAUGCGCCACAAGAGACUUUUGCAAAUUCUGAGGAACCUUGUGUCCAGUUGUUUCAAUGUUUAGGCUAUGAACCUAACAUGCAUCCCAUCUCCAGCCUCUUUUCAAGCUGAGAUUAAAAAAAAAUACGUUUGAUACUUUGUACAUCAGAUGCACAUCUUAACUUUAAAGGGAUACUUUUGUAAAAGUAAAACCUUGUAUAAAGAACAAAACUGUUUCUUAAUUUUAUUGUGGAGUUACAACUUGCAUGUACUUUAAACCUGAUGUCUUGAAGGAACAGGUGCAUUCACACAAAUCAAACUGGAGAUCUGCCUAAGGGUACAGCUUGUGUUAAAGGGUUGAAUUUGGGUGCAAACAGUAAUUUUGACAUUUUCACCAACACGUUUUUCACUUUUUGAAUCUAAACUUUACCCCUUUUAAGUGGAGUUCUGCUCAUAAAGCGUUUGGAUAAAAAGCCAUCAUUUGCCAUAUUUAUACUUUAUACAAUAGAAAUUAAAUUCCUCCCUUUUAAAUUCAAAGACUAGAUAGAAAGGGAGCAAAGAGGGUAAGUUCAGUUUAAUGCUUUGUAAUGCUUAAUGAUUCCCAAUACAGACAAAGUGCUAUACUUCUGGAUUAUUAGCAUUUGGCAUACAAACCACUGGGCCAGAGAGCCUCAAGUAAUUUUUUUUCCCUUAUUUUUCCUCUGAGCAGCUUGGUUUAUUCAACAGCCUUAGCUUCAUUGUGGAGGUGACUGAAGUUAUUCUUUUGGGUUCUUCUGAAAAUCUCACCUGAAGCCACUCAGACUAAGGCACUUCAUGUUUUACAAUACUGUAAUGAUAAUUAUCAGAAUAAUUUUCUGCACAUUGUACUGAUCAAAUUACACACCCAGGGGUAUAUACACUUUAAUUCAUGUUUCUUCUUUGUAUAUUUGGUGACUGUAUUGUCAUAGAUGUACAUAUUGUGUCGGUAGGGCUAUGAGGCAUGUAACAGGAAUGUAAUUUUCUCAGAAUUUACACUCAUUUGCAGUCAUUUAUUUAAAAAGAUAAUGGAUUCUUUGUAUUGGCACUUUGCACCAGAAACAUAUCAUUAUUUAUUGAUGUGAUUACUUAUUUGUUCUCCACCUUGUAUUAGUAAGUUUAGCACUGAAUUUCCCUCUUCAUUGUUGUUUGUAUUUAUAAGAUUCGGAAAUCAUGGGGAUCAGUGUAAUGAUUAAGUUAUUCAUCACGAGUCUGUAAGCAAUAUCUUGAGUUCGUAGCUUAGAAUUGGGAGAAUAUUGAACAUCUGGAAGACAAGUUCAUUUCAUCUUGAGAUCAUGGUGAAAUAUUUUGGAUAUAUAAAUUCCUUAAGCUAUUGUAACCAUGUUUUAUUGCAAAGAUGUAAAAUAUGCCAGAUGUGUGUGAGUUGGAAAUCAAAAAGAAAAAUAAAAUAUGCAAAGAAUUCAGUGAUAGUUUUUCAUUUCAAUGAACUUUUCAUCAAAUAGUUCACAUUAUCAUUAGGAGCAAGCAAUUAUUUUAAGAAAUCCUCUCUUACAGACAAUGUAUAUGCCAAAAAUUAUGUAUGCUGGGUGGUUGUAUUUCCUGGGGUGUCAA